UAUUCUUGUGUCUGGCUUCUGUCACUCAGCAUAGUAUCACAGAGAGUCAUCUGCGUUGUGUGUAUCCAGAAGCUCGUUCUUUUUUCACAGUGUAGAAUGACACAUUCACUAAGCAGUUACCACUGUUCUAAGAACUUGACAUGUAUGGGUUCAUGUUUACCUCCCAACCCUAUAAGGUUGUAAGACAAAGAAUUGAAGACACAGGGGAAUUAAGAAACUUGCCCAGGGUCAUCCAAUGAAUUGAGAGCCAAGCCAAGGUUCAAAUGGCAGCAGUCUGAUUCUGGAGUCAAGUUUCUUAAUGCUGGGUGGCCUCCAUGAUUCCUGCCAAGUCUGUGCCUGGCCCUGUGUGGAUUAAAUGAGCUAAUGUGUGCUUCCAGGACCCGGUGAUUGGAUGUGGAUGGAGGGAGACAGGAAGGGGUUGAGGAUGACUGCAGGUUUCUGGCUUGAGUAACUGGGUGGGUGGCAGUGCUGUUACUAAGAUAGGGAACACAGGAAGAGGAACAGAUGGCAUGGGGGGUGGGGAACAGAGACAAGGGGUUCGAUUUGAGGCCUGCAGAAUUUUGUUUCUAAGGGAUGACCAGGCAGAGACCAAGUGGGCAUCUGGUUUGGGGGAGUCUCAGGCAUGUGAUUAGGGAGGCAUUCAGCAUCCUGUGCACAGCAUCUGGAGUUUAGGAAAGGAUGGGGUCUCCCAGCAGGAUUGUGGUGGGGACGAGAUGUGUGGGUGUGGUUUGUCCAAGCGUGUUUGUGCGUCUCAGUGCCUCUGUGCUCUGUCUGCAUGUGUGUAUAUGUGUGCCUGCCUCUGGGCCAUGCAUUCCCCCAUCUCCUGGGAGAGACUUCAAGGUCAGCUGAGAGCUGGGUUGUUUUUGUUUGUGGUUUGACCCUGGGGUGGGGGGUGCCAAGCCUGAGAAACUGCUGAGAAGCCCCCGGAAACACCUGUGUGUCCUCUUCCCCUGGGCCCAGCGUUAUUGGAGGAUUGGCAAGCCAGGGAGCUUCUCUGGCUGCUCUUGUCCCUGUGGGGAGAGGCUGUCCCUGGGGUGAAUUCCAUCCAGUAAGUCGAUUGACAGCAUACCACCCCGGUUUGGGAUCCAAGGACUUUGUGGGAGGAUAGGCAAGGAGGGAUAGGGGUGUUUAGAAAGGACACCUGAGGAGGGGAGAUGGCCAGCCUUCUUGUUGGUUUUUCCUGUUCUCUCUCAUUUCCUGUGAUGGCAGUGGGGGAGGGGCUCCCAAGCACUGGGGCCUCUGCAUCGUUUCCCCUUCCUCCUGGUGACCUCCUGGGGCCCAGCCCUGAGUGCCGCAGGACCACAGAGAGACAAGGCUGUGUGUGCCCAGACCCCAGAGCACCCCUCGCCACCAUGACCGGGCUGCUGAAGAGGAAGUUUGACCAGCUGGAUGAGGACGCCUCCUCGCUCUGCUCGUCCUCCUCCUCUUCGUCCUUCUCCGGCCACCACUCUCCCUCCUGCUCCCCGAGCUCGUCAGCCUCCCCCGCCUGGGACUCCGACGAGGAGAGCCCCUGGGAUCAGAUGCCCCCACCCGAUCGUGACUUCUGUGGCCCGCGAAGUUUUACCCCCCUGUCCAUCCUGAAGCGGGCUCCCCGGAAGCGCCCAGGCCGCGUAGCCUUCGAUGGCAUCACCGUCUUCUACUUCCCUCGGUGCCAGGGCUUCACUAGUGUGCCUAGCCGUGGCGGCUGCACUCUGGGUAUGGCCCCUCGCCACAGUGCCUGCCGCCGCUUCUCGUUGGCUGAGUUUACGCAGGAGCAAGCCCGGGCACGGCAUGAGAAGCUGCGCCUGCGCUUGAAGGAAGAGAAGCUGGAGGUGCUACGAUGGAAGCUUUCAGAGGCUGGGGUACCCAAGACGGAGGCCGGCCUGCCGCUUACAGUGGAUGCCAUAGACGAUGCCUCUGUGGAGGAGGACUUGGCAGUGGCCGUGGCAGGCGGCCGGUUGGAGGAAAUGACCUUUCUACAGCCCUACCCAGCCCGGCAGCGGCGGGCUCUGCUGCGGACUGCGGGUGUGCGGAGGAUCGAUCGUGAGGAGAAGCGAGAGCUCCAGGCUCUGCGCCAGUCCCGGGAGGACUGCGGCUGUCGCUGUGACAGGGUCUGUGAUCCUGAGACCUGCAGCUGCAGCCUGGCGGGCAUCAAGUGUCAGAUGGACCACACAGCAUUCCCCUGUGGCUGCUGCAGGGAGGGCUGUGAGAACCCCAAGGGCCGUGUGGAAUUUAACCAGGCUCGAGUUCAGACCCAUUUUAUCCACACGCUUACCCGCCUACAGCUAGAGCAGGGAGCCGAGAGCCUUGGGGAGCUGGAGGCCUCAGCCCAGGGUGGUGUACCCAGCCCUGGGGAGCAGGCCUUGGCCUCCACAUUCCCGCUGGCCAAGCCCCCCGUGAGCAGUGAGCUGGGAGACAACAGCUGCAGCAGCGACAUGACCGAUUCGUCCACAGCCUCGGGCACCAGCGAGGCCCCUGAUGGCCCUGCCCACCCGGCCCUGCCCGGCCCUGGCUUCCAGCCCGGUGUGGACGACGACAACCUGGCUCGGAUCCUGAGCUUCAGUGACUCUGACCUGGGCGGAGAGGAGGAGGAGGAGGAGGAAGGGGGUGUGGGCGGCCUGGACAACCUCAGCUGCUUCCACCCAGCUGACAUCUUUGGUACCAGUGACCCCGCUGGCCUGGCCAGCUGGACCCAUAGCUAUUCCAGCUCCAGCCUUACAUCAGGCAUCCUGGAUGAGAACGCCAACCUGGACGCCAGCUGCUUCCUCAACAGUGGCCUUGAAGGGUCAGGGGAAGGCAGCCUCCCUGGCCCCCCAGUGCCAACCAGCACGGAUGCCCACCAGAGCAGCUCAGUGGACCUCAGCUUGUCUUCCUGUGACUCCUUUGAGCUGCUCCAGGCCUUGCCGGACUAUAGUCUGGGGCCCCACUACACCUCCCGGAAGGUGUCUGACAGCCUUGACCACCUUGAGGUGCCCCACUUUGCCUUGCCUGCCUUUUCUCCCCCCGGGGAUGCCAGUACUUGCUUCCUGGAGUCCAUCAUGGGCUUGUCUGAGCCAGCUGCGGAGGCCCUGGCUCCCUUUGUGGACAGCCAAUUGUUUGAGGACACUGCCCCGGCCUCACUGGUGGAGCCUGUGCCGGUGUGAGGGCUACAGUGCCUUUUUCCGGCGCCAAGAGUCCUGUUGCUGCUUCAUUGUAAUUUGGGGGCUCCCUGAGGUCUUUCUGUAUGUAUUGGCCGGCUCCCAUGUGGGCACUCCUAAUUUUCGUGCAACACUCUGGAUUGAUUUAUUUAUUUUUGUAACUUUCUGUGCUGAGGGGGGUGGGGGGGGUCCCCUUUUGGCUGCCCAGCCCCCCUUGCCCACACCAUCUCCUCCAUUUCUACGGCACGGGCCAGGAAGAAAUGUGGCUCCCCUGGAGCUUUGUAGACUCCUCUUCUGUCUUGUAUAAUGUUCCUCAGCCCAAAGACAGCCAGACGGGGCUGAAAUCAGCCACUUCUUAUGGCUUCUCCUGCCACCCUGAGCCCUAGACCCAUGGGUGGCUGAAUCUUCUGGACUGUGAAAACUGUAAUUUAUUUCCAUAAUUUAUUUGGAGAUUAGGUGGUUUUGGCCUCUCCUCUCUGACUGGUGGGCAAUGCUGGGCUUAGGGUGGGGCACAGACCCCCUGUGAGUCUUUUUGCCUUGUAGUCCUGCAGCCCUGCCCUGCCCGGGCUUUGGGGUAGACCAGGCGUGGAUUUGAGCCCUCUGUCUAAUAUGGCAGCUUCCUGGCUCUGGAUGGCUGAGCAGGCAGGGGCUGGCCCGGGACAGUGUCUGGGCAGGGGGAGGGGCUGGGCUGACCAACCGUGACCAAACCCUCUUCUGCCCCAUGCAGCCCCCUCUGCUUCCUGUCCUCGGCCCUGCCUCCCUCCUUCCCCACCAAAGUCCACAGCCUUUAUCCUGAGCCCAUCAACGCAGGAGGGGGAAGCAGGAGGCCCAGAGAAGGUAAGGGGCUGCCUCAGGGCCCAUCGCACACCCCUCAGGGCCUUCUGGGCACUGCACUCCAGCCUGGUCCACCUGCCUGCACCCUAAGGCCAGAUGGCCGGGGCGAAGGGUGACUAUGGCUUUUAUGCCAUUUGUUUGCUGAUGUUGAAUUUUGCAUCAUAAUUUCUAUAUUGUCCCUGAGUAUUAGAACUAUAAUUUAUUCAUUUUUCUGUGUCUGUGCCAAGAAGCCCAGGCUCUGGGCCUGCCCUCUUGCCCAGGAGGCCUUGCCAGCCUGUGAGCUUGUGGGAACACCUUGUACCUGAGUUUACAGGUACCAAUAAAGAGACUCUAUUUUUAA